CAUCCAAGUCUUAAUCAAAGAAAUCUCAAUCAGAGGCUGCCACUCGAAAUCUCUUCGAUUGCUGGCUGGCACGCCCUUAAUUGAAACUACCAUCCAGGGAUCCUUUGGUAUUUGCGGUGAACAACUCGCAUUUCCUCCAUGGUAAGACACCUCUCCAUAUCGUCGGAGUAAAGCCGUCAAUUCAUCCUUUUCAACCACAACAGUUACCAUAAGUCGCGUCCGGAGCAAUGGCUUCAAUCCCUCCUCCGCCUCCUCCAGGAUGGGGUGCCGGUCCCCCACCUCCUCCGGGCAUGGCACCGCCGCCACCAGGAUAUCGUCCUCCCGUUGACCCUCAGGUCGCGAAAUUUGCACAGAAGAAAAAGGAAUGGCUGCGAGUACAGAGAAAUCGGUUUGCCGAGAAACGCAAAGGCGGCUUCGUCGAAACACAGAAGGCAGACAUGCCACCUGAGCAUCUUCGCAAAAUUGUCAGAGACAUCGGCGAUGUCAGCCAGAAGAAAUUCAGUAGUGACAAGCGAAGUUAUCUCGGCGCCCUCAAGUACAUGCCACAUGCUGUCUUGAAGUUGUUGGAGAAUAUGCCGAUGCCUUGGGAGAGUGCCCGUGAAGUCAAGGUUCUAUACCAUGUCAAUGGAUGUCUUACGCUGGUCAAUGAAGUCCCUCGUGUGAUUGAACCUGUGUUUCAUGCACAAUGGGCGACGAUGUGGGUCUCGAUGCGCAGAGAGAAGAGCGACCGAAGACAUUUCAAACGCAUGCGGUUCCCACCAUUCGACGAUGAGGAACCUCCUCUAUCUUGGUCCGAAAAUAUCGAAGAUGUCGAGCCCCUCGAGCCAAUUCAAAUGGAAUUGGACGAAGGCGAAGAUGGACCAGUCUAUGAGUGGUUCUACGAACAUCGGCCACUGCUUGACACACCCCAUGUCAACGGUCCAAGUUAUAGAACCUGGAACCUCACCUUACCCCAGAUGGCUACGCUCUACAGACUGUCUCAUCAGUUGCUGAGUGAUGUUGUGGACAAAAACUACUUCCACAUGUUUGACAGGCAAAGCUUCUUCACCGCAAAGGCUCUGAAUGUUGCCAUCCCUGGUGGGCCUCGGUUUGAGCCUUUGUACAAGGAUAUCGAUCCUAACGACGAGGACUUUGGUGAAUUCAACGCCAUUGAUCGAAUCAUUUUCCGCGCACCCAUUCGCACCGAGUAUCGAGUUGCCUUUCCAUACUUGUACAAUUCUCUACCAAGAAGCGUCAAAUUGGCUUGGUAUUCUCACCCCCAGGUCGUCUACGUCCGGUCCGAGGUGCCCGAUCUCCCAGCGUUCUAUUUCGACCCUGUCAUCAAUCCAAUCUCUUCGAGAUCCGUUGCUCCCAAAAAUAUCACCGUCAGCCAUGAGGAUGAGAUCUUUGGCGUGGGAAACAACGAAGAUGAGGACUUUGAGUUGCCAGGAAACGUCGAGCCCUUCUUGGCAGAUGAAGAGCUCUACACCAGCGAAACAACAUCCGCGAUCGCGCUCUGGUGGGCUCCAUUUCCCUUCGAUCGACGAUCAGGUAAAAUGGUCAGGGCUCAAGAUGUGCCAUUGGUCAAGCAAUGGUAUCUUGAACACUGCCCAUCUGGUCAGCCUGUCAAGGUUCGCGUUUCCUAUCAGAAGCUCCUCAAGUCAUUCGUUCUCAAUGAAUUGCACAAGAAAAAACCAAAGGCCCAGAGCAAGCAGGACUUGCUGAAGACACUGAAAUCCACAAAGUUCUUCCAGCAAACCACCAUCGAUUGGGUUGAAGCUGGUCUCCAAGUAUGCAGACAAGGCUUUAACAUGCUCAAUCUCCUCAUCCAUCGCAAAAAUCUUACCUACCUCCAUCUUGACUACAACUUCAACUUGAAGCCUGUCAAAACACUGACGACCAAGGAGCGGAAGAAAUCAAGAUUUGGCAAUGCCUUCCACCUGAUGCGUGAAAUCCUGAGAUUGACCAAGUUGAUCGUGGAUGCACAAGUUCAGUAUCGCCUCGGCAAUAUUGACGCCUUUCAGCUUGCCGACGGCAUAUUGUACGCGUUCAACCAUGUUGGUCAGCUCACUGGCAUGUAUCGGUACAAAUACAAGCUCAUGCAUCAAAUCCGGUCUUGUAAGGAUCUCAAACAUUUAAUCUACUACCGAUUCAACUCCGGCCCAGUUGGGAAGGGCCCUGGAUGUGGUUUCUGGGCACCGGCCUGGCGAGUCUGGCUUUUCUUCCUGCGAGGCAUCAUCCCUCUACUAGAGCGGUGGCUGGGCAACCUGCUCUCCAGACAGUUCGAAGGCCGACAUAGUAAAGGGGUGGCAAAGACAGUCACUAAACAACGAGUGGAGUCUCAUUUCGAUCUCGAAUUGAGAGCAUCUGUUAUGGCGGACUUGAUGGAUAUGAUGCCCGAAGGCAUUCGCCAAAACAAGGUCAACACUGUCCUGCAACAUCUUUCAGAAGCCUGGCGUUGCUGGAAGAGUAACAUUCCUUGGAAGGUUCCUGGUCUACCGGCUCCAAUUGAGAAUAUCAUCCUUCGCUAUGUCAAAAGCAAGGCGGAUUGGUGGGUUUCUGUUGCACAUUACAACAGAGAAAGAAUUCGAAGAGGCGCCACCGUUGACAAGACCGUCGCAAAGAAGAACCUUGGCCGGUUGACUCGACUUUGGUUGAAAGCUGAACAAGAAAGACAACACAACUACCUGAAGGAUGGCCCCUACGUUUCUUCUGAAGAAGCAGUUGCAAUUUAUACGACGACGGUACAUUGGCUAGAGUCUCGAAAAUUCUCCCCAAUUCCUUUUCCCAGCGUCAGCUACAAACAUGACACCAAGAUCCUCAUCCUAGCACUUGAAAGAUUACGAGAAGCAUACUCCGUAAAAGGUCGUCUCAACCAGAGCCAGCGAGAAGAGCUUGCUCUCAUCGAACAAGCCUACGACUCUCCAGGAACAACGCUAGCAAGGAUUAAACGCUUUCUCCUGACCCAGCGUGCCUUCAAAGAAGUUGGUAUCGACAUGAACGAUAAUUAUAGUUCUAUCAACCCUGUCUAUGAUAUCGAACCCAUUGAGAAGAUCACCGACGCGUACCUCGACCAAUACCUCUGGUAUCAGGCUGAUACCCGACACCUUUUCCCAUCUUGGGUAAAGCCUUCCGACUCCGAGGUCCCCCCUCUCCUCGUUUACAAGUGGGCGCAAGGAAUCAACAAUCUCACUAACGUAUGGGAAACUGCGGAUGGAGAAUGCAAUGUCAUGAUCGAAACCCAGCUCUCAAAAGUUUAUGAAAAGAUUGAUCUGACUCUGCUCAAUCGCCUACUUCGUUUGAUUAUGGAUCACAACCUUGCAGAUUACAUCACAUCGAAGAACAAUGUCCAAUUGCAUUACAAAGAUAUGAACCAUACGAACAGCUAUGGCAUGAUCCGCGGUCUACAAUUUUCCGGCUUUGUUUUCCAGUACUAUGGUCUAGUCAUUGAUCUGUUAUUAUUGGGUCUUCAACGAGCAAGCGAUCUGGCUGGUCCGCCUCAAUCUCCUAACGACUUUUUGCAAUUCCGAGAUCGAGAAACGGAAACCAGGCAUCCAAUUCGAUUGUACACGAGAUACAUUGACAAGAUCUGGGUGUUCCUCAGAUUCACAGCGGAAGAAUCAAAGGACCUCAUACAGCGAUUCCUGACGGAGCAGCCUGAUCCCAACUUUGAAAACAUCAUUGGAUACAAAAACAAGAAAUGCUGGCCUCGCGAUUCGCGUAUGCGAUUGAUGAGACAUGAUGUCAAUCUUGGUCGUGCGGUAUUUUGGGAUCUCAAAAACAGAUUGCCUCGGUCAAUCACGACCGUCGAAUGGGACGACACAUUUGCCAGUGUCUAUUCCCGUGAUAACCCAAAUCUGUUAUUCUCGAUGAGCGGCUUCGAAGUUCGCAUCUUGCCCAAGUCUCGCACCCUAAACGACGAAUUUCCCAUCAAGGAUAGCGUCUGGGCACUUGCAAAUAACGAGACCAAAGAGCGCACGGCCUAUGCAUUCCUUCAAGUCACAGAAGAAGAUGUUCAGAAGUUCAACAAUCGAAUUAGGCAAAUCUUGAUGUCUUCAGGUUCCACGACAUUCACCAAGAUUGCCAACAAGUGGAACACAACCCUUAUUGCAUUGUUCACAUACUAUCGUGAGGCAGCAGUCUCCACAGUGAACCUUCUCGAUACGAUCGUCAAAUGUGAAACCAAGAUCCAGACUCGAGUAAAGAUUGGGCUCAACUCGAAAAUGCCUUCGAGAUUUCCGCCUGCUGUUUUCUAUACUCCAAAAGAACUCGGGGGUUUGGGGAUGAUCUCUGGCUCACACAUUUUGAUUCCCACGACCGACAAACGUUGGUCUAAACAAACCGACACUGGUGUUACCCACUACCGAGCGGGCAUGACACAUGAUGAGGAGACUCUUAUUCCCAAUAUCUUCCGUUACAUCAUUCCUUGGGAGGCUGAAUUCAUCGACUCUCAAAGAGUAUGGACCGAGUACUCACAAAAGCGACUUGAAGCCAACCAGCAGAACCGCAGACUAACCCUUGAGGAUCUCGAAGAUAGUUGGGAUCGAGGUUUACCACGUAUCAACACCCUGUUUCAGAAGGAUCGAAGUACUCUCAGCUUCGACAAGGGAUUCAGAGCUCGCACAGAGUUUAAACAGUAUCAACUCAUGAAAAGCAAUCCGUUUUGGUGGACCAGUCAAAGACACGACGGCAAGCUCUGGAAUUUGAACGCUUACCGUACUGAUGUGAUUCAAGCCUUGGGUGGUGUCGAGACUAUUCUCGAGCACACUUUGUUCAAAGCGACAGCUUUCCCGUCAUGGGAAGGGCUCUUCUGGGAGCGUUCAUCGGGCUUCGAGACUUCAAUGCAAUUUAAGAAGCUCACAAAUGCACAGCGCUCUGGUCUCAACCAGAUCCCCAACCGUCGCUUUACUCUGUGGUGGUCAAGUACAAUCAAUCGUGCCGAUGUUUACAUUGGUUUCCAAGUCCAGCUCGAUCUCACGGGCAUCUUCUUGCACGGAAAGAUUCCCACGUUAAAGAUUUCGCUGAUUCAAAUCUUCCGAGCGCAUUUGUGGCAAAAGAUCCACGAGUCGGUUGUGAUGGAUUUAUGCCAGGUCUUUGAUCAAGAGCUCGAGCAACUUGGUAUCGAGACCGUCCAGAAAGAGACUAUUCAUCCUCGAAAAUCCUACAAGAUGAACAGCUCAUGUGCCGACAUCCUUCUUUUCGCCAGCCACAAAUGGAACGUCACACGGCCAUCUCUAUUGUUCGACACAAAGGAUCAGAUUGAAGCGACUACGACAAACAAGUUCUGGGUCGACGUACAACUACGAUAUGGCGAUUAUGAUUCUCACGAUAUCGAACGUUAUGUCAGGGCCAAAUACCUUGACUAUACCACAGAUAGCAUGAGUAUCUACCCCUCGGCAACCGGUCUUAUGAUUGGCAUUGAUCUGGCUUAUAACCUGUAUUCUGCCUAUGGACAAUAUUUCCCUGGGUUGAAAGCUCUGAUCCAACAAGCUAUGGCGAAAAUCAUGAAGGCAAAUCCCGCUCUUUACGUCCUGCGAGAACGUAUCCGGAAAGGUCUUCAACUGUAUGCUUCGGAGAGCACACAGGAGUUUUUGAAUUCUCAGAAUUACUCUGAACUCUUCAGCAAUGUCACGCAGCUGUUCAUUGAUGACACCAAUGUGUAUCGUGUGACAAUCCACAAGACGUUUGAGGGCAACUUGACAACGAAACCUAUCAACGGGGCUAUCUUUAUCUUCAACCCCAAGACAGGCCAGCUUUUCUUGAAGAUCAUCCAUACAAGUGUAUGGGCAGGACAGAAACGUCUCGGCCAAUUGGCCAAGUGGAAGACGGCCGAAGAAGUAGCUGCGCUCAUCCGCUCUCUUCCAGUCGAGGAACAACCCAAGCAAUUGAUCGUGACACGCAAAGGUCUCUUGGAUCCACUUGAGGUGCAUCUUCUCGAUUUCCCCAACAUCUCCAUCCGAGCUUCGGAAUUGCAGUUACCUUUCCAGGCUGCGAUGAAGGUUGAGAAGCUUGCAGACAUGAUCCUUCAAGCAAAGGAGCCACAAAUGGUGUUGUUUAAUCUGUACGACGAGUGGCUGAAGACGAUCUCAUCAUAUACAGCAUUCUCGCGGUUGGUCCUCAUUUUGCGCGCUCUUCAUGUCAAUACCGACAAGACCAAACUGCUUCUUCGUCCGGACAAGACUGUCAUUACUCAAGCACAUCAUAUCUGGCCCAGUCUUUCAGAUGAAGACUGGAUCAAGGUGGAAGUCCAAUUGCGUGACUUGAUCCUCAAUGACUAUGGAAAGAAGAACAACGUCAACGUGCAAUCCUUGACCAAUAGUGAAAUCAGAGACAUUAUCCUCGGUAUGGAGAUUUCCGCUCCAUCAAUGCAGAGACAGCAAGCUGCCGAGAUUGAGAAGCAGCAGGCGGAACAGCAACAGUUGACUGCUGUGACUACCAAGACGCAAAACGUCAGAGGUGAAGAGAUCAUUGUCACGACAACUUCUCAAUAUGAACAGCAGUCAUUUGCAUCCAAGACCGAAUGGAGAACUCGGGCAAUCGCCACAUCCAAUCUGCGAAACCGCGCAAACAACAUCUAUAUCUCUAGCGAUGAUGUCCAGGAGUCUGAAGAAGCGUAUACUUACAUUCUCCCCAAGAACAUUCUCAAGAAAUUCGUUACGAUUGCAGACCUCCGUGUGCAAACGGCGGGAUACAUCUACGGGGUGUCGCCACCGGACAACGAACAGGUCAAGGAAAUCCGCACCAUAGUCAUGGUGCCACAAGUUGGCAGCACACGCGACGUACAGUUGCCUCAUCAACUCCCACAGCACGAGUACCUCAAGAACCUCGAGCCGUUGGGCAUUAUUCAUACCAACUCUGGGAAUGAGAGCACUUACAUGUCUGCCGCCGAUGUCACCACCCACGCUCGGUUAAUGGCACAACACCCAUCCUGGGACAAGAAAACAAUCACCCUCACCGUGUCCUUUACACCAGGCUCUGUCUCCCUAUCAUCUUGGGCAUUGACUCCAGAAGGCUACACGUGGGGUGCUGCGAACAAGGACACACAAUCCGACAAUCCGUCCGGGUUCUCAACGUCCUUUGGGUCCAAGACACAACUCUUGCUCUCUGACAAGAUCCGUGGUCUGUUCCUGGUGCCCGAGACGGAUGUGUGGAAUUAUAGUUUCAUGGGCGCGAGUUUCGCCUCGGUGGAGAAGCGGCCGCUCUACGUCAAGAUCGACACACCCAGACGUUUCUACGAUGACUUGCAUCGGCCUGUGCAUUUUAGCAGUUUCAAUGAGUUGGAGGAUAUUUGGGCGGAUCGUGAGGAUGCUUUUGCUUGAGAUGUUGGGACGAAACACAAGAUUGAGAAAUGCACGUUGCGCAAAAUCAGUGUACUUUUGUGGGCAAUCAGCGUCGGAGCGCGAAUUGGGAAUACAUGUAUCGAUCAGAAGGAGGCUUUGUCUAUUGCUGCGAGGAAAAUACCAGCAACUAGAAGACCUAGUAGAUGCAAGGAAAUGUAUGAGUAUUCUGAUUUGAGUUGUUCUUCGCUAGGAGUAAAUCGAGUCCAUCUCAAGCAUUGCUGAGGGACAUUUUUGCCUCA